GAGCUUUCUUAGGGUAAAGCCAAUUAGAUAGGGAGUUGUUCAAGUUGAAAUUCUUCAAUUUUAUUUGAGUCCUCUUAAAUGUUCCAAAUCUUGGCGGACAGGCUUUUUGCUUGGAUAUGUCUCAUCAAUCGGGGCUAUUAAGGUCUAAAUCUUGCAGAGGUUGAUCGACUAUGGUAUUAAGGGGUUCUUACUAGACCUAGAGAUGAUCUCAUUUGUAAAUCAGGGCAUUCUGGUUUCUUUAUUGUUGAACUGGAUUAACUUUAUUGUCUGUAAUCAACCUUUUGCUACCUCUCAUGUUGGAUUGCUUUUUGGCUUUAAGAUAUUCAGACUGUUCUGUUUUGGAAGUCUGUCUUCAAUGAUCCUUUUUAUCUUAGCUCUGAUAGUCGAUUCCGGCUCGGAAUUUUGCCUAAAAAUUAGUUAUAACCCUGAUUCAGAGGGAAACAAAAGGUUUUAA